GCGGCGAGCGGAAGAUGGCGGCGUCGUCUGUGAAGAGGCGCUGCUGAGGGGGCGCGAGGGGGACGGAGGCCGGAGCCGCGGGAGUACCGGGCAGCAGCCAUGGCAGGCAGCAGUGGGGACAGUGUCACACGCCGGAGCGUGGCAUCACAGUUCUUCACUCAAGAGGAGGGGCCAGGCAUCGAUGGCAUGACCACAUCAGAAAGAGUGGUGGAUCUCCUGAACCAGGCAGCACUGAUCACCAAUGACUCAAAGAUCACAGUGCUCAAACAGGUCCAGGAACUGAUCAUCAACAAAGAUCCCACACUACUGGACAACUUCCUGGAUGAGAUCAUCGCUUUCCAGGCAGACAAGUCCAUCGAAGUGCGCAAAUUUGUCAUCGGCUUCAUCGAGGAGGCUUGCAAGCGAGACAUUGAGCUGCUGCUGAAACUGAUCGCGAACCUCAACAUGCUCUUGAGAGAUGAAAAUGUGAAUGUGGUGAAGAAGGCCAUCCUCACUAUGACCCAGCUCUACAAGGUGGCCCUGCAGUGGAUGGUGAAGUCACGGGUGAUCAGCGAGCUCCAGGAGGCCUGCUGGGAUAUGGUGUCGGCCAUGGCUGGGGACAUCAUCCUGCUGCUGGACUCUGACAACGAUGGCAUCCGUACCCACGCCAUCAAGUUCGUGGAGGGCCUCAUUGUCACCCUUUCGCCUCGCAUGGCUGACUCGGAGGUGCCCCGACGCCAGGAGCACGACAUCAGCCUGGACCGCAUCCCUCGUGACCACCCCUACAUCCAGUACAAUGUGCUGUGGGAAGAAGGCAAGGCAGCCUUGGAGCAGCUGCUCAAGUUCAUGGUGCACCCCGCUAUCUCCUCCAUCAACCUGACCACAGCUCUGGGCUCCCUGGCCAAUAUUGCCCGCCAGAGGCCCAUGUUCAUGUCUGAGGUGAUUCAGGCCUACGAAACCCUCCAUGCCAACCUGCCCCCAACGCUGGCCAAAUCUCAGGUGAGCAGCGUGCGUAAGAACCUCAAGUUGCACCUGUUGAAUGUGCUGAAGCACCCAGCGUCUUUGGAGUUCCAGGCUCAGAUCACCACCCUGCUGGUGGACCUGGGCACGCCUCAGGCGGAGAUCGCUCGCAACAUGCCCAGCGGCAAGGAUGCCCGCAAGCGGCCCCGAGACGACUCGGAUUCCGCGCUGAAGAAGAUGAAGCUGGAGCCCAACCUGGGGGAAGACGAUGAGGACAAGGACUUGGAGCCAGGCCCCUCGGGAACCUCGAAGGCCUCAGCCCAGAUCUCAGGCCAGUCAGACACAGACAUCACGGCCGAAUUCCUCCAGCCUCUGCUGACACCUGACAACGUGGCCAAUCUGGUCCUCAUCAGCAUGGUGUACCUGCCCGACACCAUGCCUGCCUCCUUCCAAGCGAUCUACACCCCAGUGGAGUCAGCAGGCACCGAAGCCCAGAUCAAGCACCUGGCUCGGCUCAUGGCCACUCAGAUGACGGCUGCAGGACUGGGGCCAGGCGUGGAGCAGACCAAACAGAGCAAGGAGGAGCCCAAGGAGGAGAAGGCGGUGAAGCCGGAGAGCGUCCUGAUCAAGCGGCGCCUGCCAGCCCAGGGUCAGGCCAUCUCGGUGGUGGGCUCCCUGAGCUCCAUGUCCUCCCUGGAGGAGGAGGCACCCCAGGCCAAGAGGAGGCCGGAGCCCAUUAUCCCCGUCACGCAGCCCCGGCUGGCGGGCGCUGGCGGGCGCAAGAAAAUCUUCCGUCUAAGUGACGUGCUGAAGCCCCUGACGGACGCGCAGGUUGAGGCCAUGAAGCUGGGCGCUGUGAAGCGGAUCCUGCGGGCUGAGAAGGCCGUGGCCUGCAGCGGGGCCGCCCAGGUGCGCAUAAAGAUCCUGGCCAGCCUGGUGACGCAGUUUGACUCGGGCCUGAAGGCCGAGGUCCUGUCCUUCAUCCUGGAGGACGUCCGGGCCCGCCUGGACCUGGCCUUCGCCUGGCUCUACCAGGAGUACAACGCCUACCUCGCAGCUGGCGUCAAGGGCGCCCUGGACAAAUAUGAGGACUGCCUCAUCCGCCUGCUCUCCGGCCUACAGGAGAAGCCGGACCAGAAGGAUGGGAUCUUCACCAAGGUUGUGCUGGAGGCGCCGCUGAUCACCGAGAGCGCCCUGGAGGUGAUCCGCAAGUACUGUGAGGACGAGAGUCGCACCUACCUGGGCAUGUCCACUCUCCGAGACCUCAUCUUCAAGCGCCCAUCCCGCCAGUUCCAGUACCUGCAUGUCCUGCUAGACCUCAGCUCCCACGAGAAGGACAAGGUGCGCUCCCAGGCCUUGCUGUUCAUCAAGCGCAUGUACGAGAAGGAGCAGCUGCGAGAGUACGUGGAGAAGUUUGCCCUCAACUACCUGCAGCUCUUGGUCCACCCCAACCCGCCGUCGGUGCUCUUCGGGGCCGACAAGGACACAGAGGUGGCCGCACCCUGGACCGAGGAGACGGUGAAGCAGUGCCUGUACCUCUACCUGGCUCUCCUACCUCAGAACCACAAGCUGAUCCACGAGCUGGCGGCCGUGUACACGGAGGCCAUCGCUGACAUCAAGAGGACAGUGCUGAGGGUCAUCGAACAGCCGAUCCGGGGAAUGGGCAUGAACUCGCCAGAGCUGCUCCUGCUGGUGGAGAACUGUCCCAAGGGGGCGGAGACGCUGGUCACACGUUGUCUGCACAGCCUCACGGACAAAGUGCCCCCGUCCCCAGAGCUGGUGAAGCGGGUCAGGGAUCUCUACCACAAGCGACUGCCAGACGUCCGCUUCCUCAUCCCAGUGCUCAAUGGGCUGGAGAAGAAGGAAGUGAUCCAGGCCCUGCCAAAGCUCAUCAAGCUCAACCCCAUAGUGGUGAAAGAGGUCUUCAACCGCCUGCUGGGCACCCAGCACGGUGAAGGGAACUCAGCCCUGUCCCCCCUGAACCCUGGAGAGCUGCUCAUCGCCUUACACAACAUCGACUCGGCAAAGUGUGACAUGAAGUCCAUCAUCAAAGCCACCAACCUGUGCUUUGCGGAGCGGAACGUGUACACAUCAGAGGUGCUGGCCGUGGUGAUGCAGCAGCUGAUGGAGCAGAGUCCACUGCCCAUGUUGCUCAUGAGGACCGUCAUCCAGUCCUUGACUAUGUACCCCCGCCUGGGGGGCUUCGUCAUGAACAUCCUGUCCCGGCUCAUCAUGAAGCAGGUGUGGAAGUAUCCCAAGGUGUGGGAGGGCUUCAUCAAGUGCUGUCAGCGCACCAAGCCCCAGAGCUUCCAGGUCAUCCUGCAGCUCCCACCCCAGCAGCUGGGGGCCGUCUUUGACAAGUGCCCAGAGCUCCGGGAGCCCCUGCUGGCCCACGUUCGCUCCUUCACCCCCCACCAGCAAGCACACAUCCCCAACUCCAUCAUGGCCAUCCUGGAGGCCAGCGGCAAGCAGGAGCCAGAGACUAAGGAAGCACCUACCGGGCCCCUGGAAGAGGAUGACUUAGAGCCUCUGGCCCUGGCACCACCUCCGGCCCCCCGACCCCCUCAAGAUCUCAUUGGCCUGCGGCUGGCCCAGGAGAAGGCCUUAAAGCGGCAACUGGAGGAGGAACAGAAGCUGAAGCCUGGGGGACUGGGAGCCCCCUCCUCGUCCUCGUCCUCGUCCUCGUCCUCGGCGCGGCCAGGCCCCGUCCAGCCGGAGGAAGCCAUUGACUUCCGGGAGGAGGGGCCUGAGUGCGAGACCCCGGCCAUCUUCAUCAGCAUGGACGACGACUCGGGGCUGACUGAGGCCGCACUGCUGGACUCUAGUCUUGAGGGACCCCUACCUAAGGAAACUGCAGCAGGUGGAUUGCUUUCAAAGGAGGAGCGGAGCCCCCAGCCCCUCACAGCGGCUGGAGAGGACACAGUGCAGACUCCCAGCCCUGCCGCUGAGGAAGCAGGCGAACCGGAGACCAAGGGGAACAGCUGACGGAGCUUGUUGGGGGACAGGGGAGUGGGACUGGGAGCUCAGGGAGGCCGGGAGGGGCUUGGCCGGUGGUGCUUUGCCUUUAAAAAUUAAACGAAAAAAAGAUCGCC